AUGUCUGAUCCUGCUUCCUCCGAGUCGCAAAAUCUUCUUUCCCCUCCACCGGCUCCUCCAUUACCGCCAGGCCGUCUGGGCCAAUUGCAGAGAAUUAUCGCUCCCUGGGGCAAGCAUAGUGGUUCCAAGUCGCAUGGACUCCCAGUGCAGGGCGACCAUGACGAUGGUCUGCGCCGAAUCACUGGCAUACACACCUACAGGCAUGACAGCUCGCAUUCCUCCCGGACGGCCACGCAUCGAACAGGCAUCCCUAUUGCCGCCCUCGAUAUCAAUAAACGGAAGACGCAUGCCGUCUUGGCCGGGAAAGAGAUCUUGAAAACAGUGCGUGUCCACGAUGGCAAGGUCACCGAAGACCUGAACAUUCGGGCGUCCAUCAGCUCUUAUGCUGCCACCCACUCCUCUUCGCAGUUGGAUAGAGCCGAGAAGCGGAGGGAAUACCUUCCGGCAAGAGACGUCAAAUGGUCGAUAGGGCACUGGGAGCACAUUAUAGCGACCGCAGCUACGAAUGGUCGCAUUGCGCUGUACGACCUCAAUGCCCCAAGCCCAAAGACCGAGUUGGCGUGGCUCCAUGAGCAUACGGGACAGAUCAACAAGUUAGACUUUGACCCUCAUGCCGGCUAUCUUUUGCUAUCGGCCAGCCAAGACAAGUCGGUCCGACUUUGGGACUUGCGACAGCCUCAGCGUGACAAGUCCCGCAUCAGGUUCGAGGUGCGCAGUGCUGUCCGAGACGUCCGAUGGUCUCCGUUUGACCCGUUUGAUUUCGCGAUCUGCGCGGACGGGGGCGUCGUUCAGAAAUGGGAUGCUCGCGUACCCAUCUCGCCGAAGCUGAGUAUUAAUGCACAUGAAAAAGCCUGUUACUCUAUUGACUAUCACCCUGAUGGCCGACACCUUGUAUCAGGUGGGUUCGACAAGUACAUCAGAGUGUGGGAUUUUCAGAGCGAAAAAAAGCGCCAGAAGCCUGUUUUUCAGCUCAAAGCGCCACACGCUAUCAGGAAUAUCAGGUGGAAGCCGGCCUGCAAUGCGCCGGAAACCGGCGAAUCAGCCUUUUGGCAAAGCACUCAGGUCGCCGUUUCAUACUAUCACGACGAUCCUCGGCUGCACAUCUGGGAUCUCCGGCGCCCACACUUGCCGUUUCGCGAACUCGACAGGUACAACAUGCCUCCUAAUGAUCUCCUAUGGGCGGAUGAGGACCUGCUAUGGACGGUGGGUGAGGAGGGCAUUUUCACGCAAUGGGACAUCAAACACACAUCACCCUUCCAUAACCAAAUUGCUUCAUGUACCUCCACGUUCCUCCCAGAUGGAGAAUAUUACACAUUUUCCGAGGCAAGAGACGUCCCGCGAGUGUCUUUCUUGGAAAAUGCAGCAGAUGGCUUCUUGAACGUGCCGCCAGAUAAACUGAGCAGCGGUGACGAUGGCCCGACGAGCCGAAGUCUUACCGAUGAUGAGGGAGGACUCGAAUCAACAGUGGGGACAAGUAUCCGUCGUCGCGAAGGUGUAAACGUGCCCUCGAGAUCUACCAAAUUUCAUGGAGACAGUCCGUCGUCAGCGGAGGAUAAGCCGUCUGUGCUCCCUCUAGAUGCCGCUAUCUUCAACCGUCCAGACCUGUUUAACAACAAUCAGGUGGGUGCGAGUGGCUAUAUUCCUGGCGUCGCAGCCGAGCCGCAAGUGGUUGAAUACCUGGCUUCUCACUACGCAGUUCCUGCAACAGCCGAUGACAACAAGUCGUCUCCAGACACAAUACUCAGCCGUCUGCAAAACGCAUUCGACCAGAACGCAGCUGCUUGUGACGCAGUGUCCAUGCACCGUAUGGCUCAAUCUUGGCGCAUUCUGGGAGCAGUCAUUGUUCCAGAAAUCAAGGAUUGGGCGGAUGGGAAUCGUGCUAGCCGUCGAGCCGACGCUGCGAGAAGACGUGAGACUUUGGAGAGUUUUCGAGCAGGAGGACACCGGCCUGGUCUCUCUCCGCUGGCUGGACUUCCUACCAGGGGUUUCAACCCGAAGUUGGACAGCAAGAGUCAGAAGCUCAUCAGUAGUUUGUUCAAGGGUGUCAGUGCAGGCGACCGGCCGCAUCAGGUCUCCGAGACGGACAGCACGUCGAACAUGACGACGCCGUUGGCCAAACCGUUACCAAACUCACCUCCGCCGAGCUUGAAGAGACGGCCCAUACCAAUCAAUGAAGAAGGGCUGGAUAACAUUGCACCAUUGCCUCCCUCGGUCCUGAGUUCACACUCCACGGCAGCUGCAGCUGCUCGAGCUCUGAUGGGUUCUCCCAAUCACACAAUGGACGUAGAUGCUGCUUCCCCCGAGCUACUCAGAUCUGCUGAAGCAUCCAAGAAAUUUUCAACACAAACCGGUUCGCCGGUCUCACCAGUGAAGAGGCCCCGAUCCGAGUUUCUCAUCGAGCAGAAGAGGACGCAGAGUUGGAGCCAGGAAGAUCGUCGAGCGGCACUACGCGAUUACCGCAUCCAAGCUCGCCCCAUAUUCUCCUUGGCCGAAUCAACCAAAGACGUGGCCUCGCAAAGUAGGCAUGACUCGGAUGAAAGUUUCCCGAUGUUUUCGGUAUCAACGGACAGUUCGCAUCGAUCCAGGUCAAUUGAACAGUCCUUUGGCUCUCAUCGUUCAGGGGUGAGGACAUCUACGACACUGUCGGCAAAGGAAGCCGUCUCUAGCAUGGACGAUGACUACGAACUAUCGUGUUCGGAUGACCAUGAUGGCAGGAGGCCCAGUCCCGAACAAGGGAGGCCCACCACGCCGGACGACAACGAUAUGGGGGUGUCUGCUGUCGAAACCCCGCUUGACAUGAGCUUUGGCAAUGAUGCACAAGUCGAGCCCUCCGCAUCACCUCUGAAAGAUAAAGGCUUAUGGCAUCCGAUUCCACAACAUGAAUCUUUGCCACCCUCGCAUGUGGACACGGCUGCAUCGUCAUCGCCCGAUAUUUUUCUCUUUGAAGAGGGCGUCUCGAUGACAAAGCCACGGAUACACACGUCGAAUCCCAUCCGAGGCGAGGCGAAAAUCCAGAGGACCGGUAAUGACAACCAACGCCAGGGAAACGGGUCGUUUAGCCGCCUCUCCAUGGAAGAGUUGGACCAUGAGACGUACCUAUACCAAGAUUUUCGGCCCAUUGACCUAUCUAAGUAUGAGCCCAAAUUACCGUUUGCGUGGUCAUCGCUUCCGUUGAUAUGCCAAUGCAUAUCCUUCGACCUGGAAAACGGGAUCGGCCAGGCGCAAUUUGCGGCUCAUCUGCUGAUGCAUGUUCACCCAUACUUUUUCCAUGCAAACUUUCGCAGGUUGAGACGAGCGCAAGAUGAGAUCGGAGACAACCUCGCCGAUCGGUUGAUGACGCCGCACCUUGGACACCGGAUAAUCGAGGCCAUCUUCGAGAGCCACGUUUCAUUCUUAAGGCAGAUGGGUCUGUUUGAAUCGGCAGCACUGCUGAGAAAAAUGUGUGUCGAGUUUGAUUACCCAGGAGUCUAUCGGUCACCGUCGGACACAACUGCCAAGGGCCGCUGA